UUUUUAUUUUGAUAUUACUUUUUCGAUAUUUGUUGGUUACAAAGACCAUUGUUUUUCACAUCUCUAAGAGCUGCGCUGUGUUUGGUCUCCUUUGCCCGAAAGUUUGUUUAUAUUCUCAAUUUAAAGUCCGCGCUUAAAGCUCUUUGUUUUCAUUUUAAAUUGUGAUGACUGGACCUAUUGCUGAAAUUGUGAUUGAAGAUUUGGGCAACUGCUGUCGCGUUUGUCUUGAGCAGCCCCAUCGCGCCCAGAUGCUGGACAUGAAUUUGAUAUAUGACGAGGAGGCACAGCUUACAUAUUACGACUGCUAUGAGAUAUGUACAAAGGAUAAUAUGCUGGAGUGCGGAGAGCAUGAGCCAAACAAGCUAUGCAAGCACUGCGGUGUGGAGCUACAGUGGGCAUAUGAUUUCUACAAAAAGGUUGCGUUAGCAAACAAGCACUUAAAAAGCAUGCAAGUCAUUGUGCAAAGUGAAGCUGAAAAGGUAGAGCACACCGAACAGAUUGUCGAGCAUGUGCUGGCCAUAGAGUAUGACGAAAAUGUAGCAGAAGUUCCGAAUAUGAUAGAAGAGACCUUAAGCGAUGUGGAGCUGGAGGAACCGGCUGCAGACCAAUCAGCCAGUGAACCGGACACUGCCACAACCAUAGCAUACAGCAGCGCCAAUGAUGUUCUGCCUCGCCAACGUUUCUUGGGCCCAUUUAGCUGCCAGUUCUGCAAGAAACCGUUUCGCAAUCAUUCGCACAUGCUGAAGCAUCAGCUCAUACAUCUCUCGGAUCGGCCGCACUUCAAGUGCAGCGCCUGUGAUCGCAUUUAUCUCACCAAGCAGGCGCUCAAGGUGCACGUGGAUACGCAGCACAAGAAGUCGGGCAGCGCCUGCGCCAUCUGUGGCAAGGUGUUUGCCAUUGCCAAAGGUCUCGAAAUUCACAUGCGCUAUCACAACGGCUUCUUUCCCUUUGACUGCGAUCAGUGCGAUCGCAAGUUUGCGCAACGCUCCCACCUGACUGUCCAUCAGCAGGUGCAGCACGGCAGCGCACGUUUUCUCUGCCAAUUUGCCAGUUGUGGCAAGCUGUUUACCUCAUCGUCGGCGCUGCGCAAUCACGAGUGCACCCACACCGAGAUGCCAUUCGAGUGCAACGUCUGUCAGCAAGGAUUUCCGGCUCGUUACAAAUUGCGCCUGCACGCACAACGCAAACACAACAUGCAACUGACACUGGAGCAACUAGAGACCAUGCGCAAAUUCCAUAUAAUGCGCUCUAAGCGUGUGCUGGCCAAGCUCAAGGCGCCACAGCAGCAGCAGGAAGGGGAGCAGGAGCAAAUGCAGGAGGAGCUUGAUGACGCAACUAAUGACAGCUGAGUGCAUUUAUGCAACCUGGCGACGUCUCCCUCUCAGGUAGACAGGCAAACAUCAGAAACCUAGCUAAUUGCUUUAAACACUGUUUAAUGACGGACUUGGACGUAGUCUAUAAAAAGCGCUUAACAUUUAUUUACGAAUGUUACAAAACAAAAAAUGUUUAUGCAAAAA